AUGAUAUAUAUAGAUGAUUCGAAAUUUUACCUGCUCAGAGGCACGGCCGCCGAGGGUCAUGCAUGUCAUGUCAAAGAGCUGCUCUUUGGUCAUGAGAAGGUUUUCGUUCGGAACAUACUGAGCGAAACCGAGUGCUGCGGUCCCACGAGGGACGAUCGUGACUUUAAGCAACGGCUCGGCAUGCCUCCGAUCACUCGAUCAAUAGCCGACUCGAAAUGCUGCAUCGUGAUUAUCGGGCUCUCGGUCCUGGCAGCAAUUAAGGCCGCUUCAUUACACACAUUAGCAAUAUCGGCCCCGGCAAACCCAGGAAUAGAUACAGAAAAUCUGAUCCCUUCCCUUAAUAUCGGGUUUGUCGAUCGUAAUCUGACGAUCAAACCUCCCGGGCCUCAACAAGGCCUUGUCCAAUAUAUCGGGCCGGUUUGUACCUGCAAGUACAACCACACCAGAAGUUGUCCCGAAUCCAUCCAUCUCGACGAGAAGCUGAUUCAGCGUGCUUUCACGCUCGUCAUUCCCACCGGAAAAAGCCCCACGGCCACGAGCUCGGCCUAUGGCGUCUAUUUCGUCGAUGAAGACUAUGCUCGGAGCACACUGUCGAGCCUCCUGGAAUAG